CCGCGCGCCAAGCACGGGAGGCCCCUUUCACGCCUCCGUCGGUCCCUCUCUCUUUUGAGCAGGGCUGUCCUCGGCGGUGCCUGAGCCGGCAUGGAGCCCUCGUCGGGCUGCCCCUUGGUGGAGGACAGCUUCACCCGCUUCUCCUCUCAGAGCAACAUCUACGGGCUGGCGGCCUUGCCGGGGGCGGCUCGGGGCGGCGGGCGGGGCCAGGAGGGGCCCUGUGGGGCGGGGCUAGGGCCGGAGGGGGGGCCGGGGGGCGAGGCCGCGGAGGUCCCCAAGGGGGUCCCUGAAGGGGCGCCAUGCCUGUCGUCUGGGCAGGAGGGGGCCCCGCGAGCAGGGGGGGCCGGGGGGGACGGGCCGGGGGGCCUCCUGGCCGCCACCCUGAAGGGGAAGGUGAUUUAUUUCCGCUAUCAGGACCUGCGGCAGAAGCUGCGCCCCGUGGCCCGGGAGCUCCAGUUCACCUACAUCCCAGUUGAUGCCGAGAUCGUAUCCAUUGACACAUUCAACAAGUCUCCUCCCAAACGGGGUUUGGUGGUGGGAAUCACUUUCAUUAAGGAUUCCAGAGAUAAAGCCAGCCCUUUCCUUAACAUCUACUGCGACUAUGAACCAGGUUCAGAAUACAAUCUGGAUUCCAUUGCACUGAGCUGCUUGAACUUAGAACUACAGUUUACCCCUUUCCAGCUCUACCAUGCAGAAGUCCAGGUUGCGGGCCAGCCAGAGACAGUCUUCCUGCUGAGCGGUAAUGAUCCUGCAAUUCACCUGUACAAAGAGAACGAAGAACUGCACCAGUUUGAGGAGCAGCCGGUGGAGGAUCUGUUUCCUGAACUCAAGGACCUUCCGAGCAAUGUUCUGUGGUUGGACGUUUUCAACAUUCCCGACUCAGGGCGGCGCAUCACUGCCUUUGGUUGCCAGAGCGGCUACAUCCGGCUUGCUCACGUCAACCCGGCCAGCAGAGAAGUGCUGCAGAGCUGGAACGUCCUGCAAGAUGGGCCCAUCUCCAAAGUCCUCGUGUUUGCCUUAGCGGCUCCCUGCUGUCCAGACGAGCUCGUGGAGACCACAGCUACACAUGGUACCGCCGGCAGCUGCAACCAGAGCUACAGCAUUCUGGUCACCAGCACUAUCGAGCUCUCCGUCGUGUACAGGAACGUCCUGCAGAACGGCCUCGGGGACCAGCUGGUCCUGCCGUCGAGCGACCAGUAUGACAGCGUGAUCUGCGCCCUGGUGACCGACGUCGACUUUGACCGCGAGCCUGAGAUCCUGCUGGGGACGUACGGGCAGGAGUUGCUGUGCUACAAGUACUUCCUGCCGGAAGGGGAGUUCCGUCUUCUCUGGCAGCGCGCUUUCCCCAGCCCUUUGCUGUCCAUGGAGUACGUUGAUCUGACCUGUGAUGGACUCUGUGAGCUGGCUGUGGUGUGCCUGAAAGGGCUGCAUAUUCUGCAGGCAUUUGAGAAACGGGAAGAAGUCGGCAACAGGGAAGAGGACAAGGGGAAGAGUGCAAAGCAGCAUGAGGGAGUGGGGGGGAAAAAACUAGGUGGGCUGGCAAUGGAGGGAAGAGGUCCAGGCAAAGCUGUCUCCAUUGGCAAAUCUGCCCGCUCCGGCUGCAAAGCAAAAUUAAAUUCAUGCCAGAAGUUGAGUGCUUGCACCACGAGGAGAAUAGAAAGUGAAAAAGCGAGGAAGCGUGCGGGAGAAAUCUUUGCUGGCGACAGCAGAUCUUCAUCUCGCCUCGUUGGGCAGCAGAUGCUUUGUGCAUCACUAGCCAGGGUUUCCCCAACUCUGCUAGGUGAGAUCCUUUUAACCCCAAAGUGUUCAUGGAUUUGUAACCCCAAAGGCCUAACCCCCAAAUAG